CUUUCUAUGUUUCAGUCUUCCUCUAUAAAUCUUUUCUCUUCCCAAAUUUCUACCGUAUCUAAUUUGAAGUUGAAGGUAGUUUUCCAUGGCAAAGAACGUCUCUCUGAAUCUUUUUCUUCCCAUGCUGCUGCUAUGUGCAGGAGUGCAAUCUGACGUGACUUUCACUUUCGAGAACUUAUGCUCGGACACCCUGUGGCGCGCCUCAAACCCUAGCAUCGGAGACUUGGAGCCAGACCUUCCCCGCGACACCUACGAGAUAUUCAACAUGGACGACCACUACAGCGGCUCCAUCUGGGUUCGAACCGGUUGCUCCACCAACGCAUCGAACUACUUCUCGUGCGAAACCGGCGACUGUGGCAACGGGAUCAUGGAGUGUGCAGGCCUCAACCCCUCAUUCCCAAUAACCCAAUUAAACUUCGUUGUGAACAACCCUAUUGUGUCCUACGAAGUGAGCUUGAAGCAUGGCCAAAACAUGUUGGUUCGAAUCAAACCAAAUGGUGGAACCCUCGUGGACGGUUCAGGGCCAUGCCCUAUGGUGGAUUGCAACAAAGAGCUUUCUAGUGUGUGCCCUUUGGAUUUGAUUGCUGGGAACAAGAAUGACCAAUAUGUGGGAUGUAAUAGUCCUUGUGAUGGGUAUAAGGACCCUAAAUAUUGUUGCAAUGGCAAUGGUUGCCAACCGGAUGAGAUUUCCGUGAAGUACAAAGGGCUUUGUCCGUUUGCUCAUACUUACCCUGGGGACAAUCAACCUCCGAUUUAUCAGUGUAAAGGGGCUGAUAGUUAUGAUAUAACCUUUUGUCCUGCCCUUUAGAUUGUGGAAACGUUUGUUGCAUUUUCAUUGUCAUAAUGUUCGUGGCUGAGGAUUCAAAGUGUAUUUGUAAUGCAGCCAUUAGAUACUUAUCAGUGAGGAAUCCAUAAUAAAGCAAAAAUGGAAGAAAAUUGUAUUAUCAUUUCAACUUA